AUGCCUGGCUGUCUUCCUUUGUUUGUCAGGUGGCUCAAGAGAGACCAUUUGACGCGUCAGACCUCCAGCGACAGAGGAUUCCAAGAAACCCCAACCACAAUCCGUCACGGUCCGGAUUUAUCACCACACAGUAAUCGCAAUGGAGAAAGGGGACUUGACGCUCCUGCAGCAACCUUGAAUGCACAUUGUGCCGACGGAGUUACCGCCAAUGAUGAGCUCCCGCCCCCACCCCCGUACCAAACAACGCCUCUUGAGACUCUACCUUAUGGCGAUGAAAUAGAGACAGAGGCAAUAUUGGAACAAAGUGCUAUUCCAGACAAGAAAUGCAACCUAGGAUCUGCUCUCCUGGAAGCUAUAAGAGAAGGUCAUAUUGACUCCUCAGUAAAGAUGCUUCGAGAAGGGGCCGAUCCGGAUGCGAAAGAUUUCUAUGGCUUUGCUCUCACCCAGGCUAUAAGGGGUGGCUACGAAAAGGUUGUAACGGAGCUACUUCGUAGAGGAGCUGACUCAGGAGUGAAGGAUUCUACGGUUCUGCGCUCACACUAG